AUGAGCGGCAUCGCGCGCAGCAGGCUCAUGGAGGAGCGGAAGGUGUGGAGGAAGGACAAGCCGCACGGUUUCUACGCGCGGCCGGUCACUGUCGGGGACGGCAGCGUCGACAUCUUGAAGUGGGAGUGCCAGAUUCCGGGCAAGAAAGACACGGACUGGCACGGCGGGUACUACCCGCUCACGAUGGAGUUCUCCGAGGACUACCCGUCCAAGCCGCCGAAGUGCAAGUUCCCGGAGAAGUUCUUCCACCCGAACAUCUACCCGAGCGGGACCGUGUGCUUGUCGAUCUUGAACGAGGACGACGGAUGGCGGCCGUCGAUCACGCUGAAACAGAUCUUGCUCGGUAUUCAAGAGCUCCUGAGCACGCCCAACAGCGCGUCGCCCGCGCAGAGCGAGGCGUACAUGAUGUUCACGACGGACGAGAAGCAGUACAAGAUCAGGGUGAGGCAGCAGGCGGCGAAGUAUCCGAUCGCGUGA